CUCCCCUUAUCUCCCACCCAAUCCAAACCCCCUUCCCUCCCACCUCUCAUUUCUUCCUCACCAUCCACCCAUCCAACGAGAGAUUACCGAACAAAGAAGCGAGGAGGCUUCCUCUACCCCUUCUCCUCCUCCUCCUCUUCCUCUUCCUCGACCACUCAUCUUCUUACUGUCAUCAACAAGCAUGGCUUGCUCCAAUCUUGCCACAACGUGGGCUUCCCCUAAGCCGUCAGACCACACCCACCUCUCCUCGCGCGCCUUCCUUGCCCCCUCCCGCCUCCUCUUCGCCCCGGCCUCGGCGUCCUCCCCGCGCCCGCCGCCCUCCACCGCCGUCUACUGCGGCCUCCGCGAGCUCCGCGGCCGCAUCGACUCCGUGAAGAACACUCAGAAGAUCACGGAGGCCAUGAAGCUGGUGGCGGCCGCCAAGGUCCGCCGCGCCCAGGAGGCCGUCGUCAGUGGCCGCCCCUUCUCCGAGUCCCUUGUCGAGGUACUCUACAACAUUAACGAGCAGCUGCAGACGGAGGACGUGGACGUGCCCCUCACCCGCGUCCGCCCCGUCCGCAAGAUCGCCCUCGUGGUGGUCACCGGCGACCGCGGCCUCUGCGGAGGCUUCAACAACUAUAUCAUCAAGAAGGCAGAGCAGCGCAGGGCGGAGCUCUCCGCCCUCGGCAUCGCCUCCACUGUCAUCAGCGUGGGGAAGAAGGGCAACACCUACUUUCAGCGCCGCCCCUACAUCCCCGUUGACCGAUUCCUCGAGGUCGGCAGCCUGCCCACCACCAAAGAGGCGCAGGCCAUCGCCGACGACGUCUUCUCCCUCUUCGUCAGCGAGGAUGUCGACAAGGUGGAGCUCCUCUACACCAAGUUCGUCUCCCUCGUCAAGUCCGACCCCGUCAUCCACACCCUUCUCCCCCUCUCCCCCAAGGGCGAGAUCUGCGACGUCAACGGUGUCUGCGUCGACGCCGCCGAGGACGAGCUCUUCCGCCUCACCACCAAGGAGGGGAAGCUCACGGUCGAACGGGAGACGGUGCGCACCCCGACCCCUGCCUUCUCGCCCAUCCUGCAGUUCGAGCAGGACCCGGUACAGAUCCUGGACGCGCUGCUGCCCCUGUACCUCAACAGCCAGAUACUUAGGGCACUGCAGGAGUCGCUGGCGAGCGAGCUCGCCGCCAGAAUGACCGCCAUGAGCAACGCCACUGACAACGCCAUGGAGCUGAAGAGGACCCUCUCGACACUCUACAACCGGGAGCGGCAGGCCAAGAUCACCGGGGAGAUAUUGGAGAUCGUCGCCGGCGCUGAAGCCCUCACAUGAUCCAUCUGUUCCAGGACUUCGUUGCCUCAGGGCAAACCCUCAAUUGGAGCUACACAGGCAUGUGGUUCUUUCUCAAAAGGUAUGCUGUGUGUCAUUAUUUGUGUUCUGGUUUCUUCGAUAUUUUGUAAUGAUUUCGUUCAUCAUGUUGUUCAAGAAACCUAACAUCUGAUUGUGCUGGAAAAAAAAUAAAUGACUGUAGGUUGUGUUGUCCCCUGUA